AUGGGGACCGACAACGUGUCGAGUAGCUCCGUGGAGGCGGUGCAGCCUCUGUGCCAGACCGUCGUCUUUUAUAGCUGCGACGCCGCUGCGCCCAUGACGUCAGCCGCCGGCAUCUCCCCAAGCUUCACGACGAUGCCGUCGACGCGAGCGCUCUUGGUGAAGCCGCACAGCCAGAGCAACUUCUACGCGAUAGACCAUGUCACCGCUGUGCACCUGCUGCAGGAGGCUGUGUGCGAGCGGGUCGUGUACAGUCGCUACGGCGUACUCGGUGUGUGCAUCAUGAAGCUGCUGCUGCAGCACCACUUCCUUGAGGAGCGGACGCUGGCGGAGCAGUCCGUCGCCACGUACGUCAAGGUUCGCGAGGUAUUGCACCAGAUGUUCAAGGAUGGCUUCCUGCUUCAGCAAGAAGUGCCACGCACCUCGGCACUCGUCGAAAGGCCCGCCAAGGCCAGUGUGUACCUCUGGGGGGGGGGCUGA